CUGUCAUGGUUUCCAUUCUGCAUACAGGCAAGUGGAAGUAAACUGAGCCAUCUUCAUUGUGUUCUCUAUGCUGAAGUAGUAAGUGACGAUUAUGAUAUGAACUUAGCUGAUAUGAUAUGACUUGCUAUGUGCAUGUUAUGGGUAUAUUAAAAUCAGUAGCACGUCUCCCAAUAAACAUUCCGGCGGAGAAACUACACCUUAAUAUCUUAUCGCAGAGCUGUAUAUUCCAGCAUGCUAUUGGCCGCUGAUAGAUACACCAGCUCCAAUUCAUAAUUUUCAAUGUAUGGAGAGAAAACAGUUUCUCUCUUCCAAAUAACAUAAAAAAUAUCCGAGGACAAGGAAGCAGCUUUAAGUAGAUUUGACAUUCGUUCGUUCUAAUAAUGCAAGGUCAAAUUAAACAGGGCUCUAUGUAUCAUAGAUUUUUAGAGUCGGGAGGAACCUCAGAUGUUAUCUACUCCAACCCCCAGUGGCCUGUGCAGGGAUUGGCAUGGGAUCAAUCAUUCUCACGUUUCCACUCAUCACUUCCCAGCUAGAAUACGUUAGCUGCAGAAUUAAGUUUUUGACACAAUUUGGAAUUUUGUUGGGGACAAACCACGUGCUUUUAACCUACUCCCUUUCUCCUCAUGUCCUGUUGUGCAUCUCUUUUCCCAGCCAAGUCAGACAUUUCAGAACCCUCUUGGGAAGUAACAUUGAAUGUGUCUUGUUGACUGUAUCUUUAAACUAAGCUAGCAUGCCAUGAAUUUCUGGCAAUCUCUAUUCUGGGCCAAAGAGACCGAUUCUUCACCAAAUUAUUUAUCAAUUUGAGGAAAUUUUUUAAGGUGUUAUCUGCAUUAAGAUGAUUCAUUUUCUGGUUUAACCAUUUGUUUCUUGUUGUAAUCAGGCUUUUUGUUGUUGUUGAAUUGCUUGUUCAGAUUUUGGGUAUUUGUUGCCAGUGCUUUAAAGAAAGAACAUAGUACCUAUCAAUGGGAGUACGGUAUGUAACGUACUCAUUAUGUAUUACGUUCGCAGUGUGCCAUUCUUUCGCAGAAUUCAAGGCAUGCUGCAGAUUCUUCUGAACAGCCUCCUAGCUAGGCACAGAGUGGACCUAGACCUCACGCACAGCUCCAGCAUUAGGGGCCUUCAGGGUUAUCCCCUGAUGCCACUGGAACAAGAAAUAUUUGUACACAGAGAGUGCGCCCUGUUUUCUAGUACAGAGAGUGGCAUUCCUAAUGGGCUCUGUGUAAUUCAUUUACCACAUCUUUUGAACGCACAGAUUUCAGGGUAACUCCACGGGUCUGUCUGCCCAUGAUGGAUCUAGUCAAAUUCUCCCAGAGGCAGUUGCCCACCACCAAGCAGUGCAAAGGCACACAGAGGACAUGGCGCCACAGCCCAAAGCAGCUGUCCUGGGCACCCCACAGACAUGGACUAGCAAACAAAGGCAAAAGCAAAACUGCUUUGGACCUAUGGGGAGGUGGCCGGAGAGCCCAGACUCAUUGUGGAUUGGCUGGUGGGCUGAGACCAUCAAUGGUGCUUCGCCCCAGGCAAAAUUCAUCGCUAAACGCCUUUAGUUUUGGCACUUUCCCCCGGCAACUGACCUAACCAAGUGAGCAAGAGGACUAUUGAUCCACCAACAUUUUUGUUCCUUCUAUAGUAGCCCAAAUAAUAUAUCAGCAUUUUGGACAUUGAUGGAGAACUGCACUAAAAAAUGUGACAUGAACAAAUUGUUGAUGUGAAGACAUAUAAAUGUUUUACAAUGAAUACUCGUGGCCAUGUGACCACACCGCGAACAAUCAGAGCAAACACUCAGCAAAUGCUAGAUAUGGGUGUUGCCAUUUUCAGGUGGGAUUCAACUUCAGCCAUGCAACAGCAAACUCUGGUGGUGUAAUUGUGGUUAACUGAGAGGCCCUGUGCAACAAACCUGCUUCCCUAAAAGACCGGACUUUUCGCGAUAUGAAAAGUGAUGAGAAAAUGCACUGGAAUGUGUGGGACAACAUUUCUUUGCGCAAUGUCAUACAAACUUCCCACAAACAGAUUGGCACAGAUGCUCGUUAAAUACUCCACAUUACCUAAUCUCCCUGCAAACAAAUCGGGAUGAAUGCUCAAUAAACAGGAUGUCUGAAAUUGCCCACAAUUUAACAUCUGAGAAGGCUUUGUGUGAAAAAGUAAGAACAUCGUCUGCUUAACAGGCAACACUUUUGCUGCUACUGCUGCUUCAGCUUCACCAAAGUGACUCCUUCCUCGGCCCAGCAAGCAGAGACUACUGAAUCCCACUUCCCUGCCACAGUGAUUGCUCUUGAAUUGAUAUCAUAGCCAUAGAGUGGGUUUGGUUGUUUUUGCUAUCUCAUUGGCCGGGUAGGAAAAGUCUGCCUACCAUCUGAGUCUUGACUUGUCAAUCUUCCUUCCUCUUAAUCCCCCCUUCUGGUGCUAGUUUCAUGAUUUUUCAUGGCAGGCAGAUUCCAAAUAAUAUCUCCCCUACAUUUAAGAAGUAAUUUCUGUAAUAAAUUUAAGCAUUGGUUGAGGAAGGGGCAAGUAGGAAGAUUUAGCAGGGCAGGUCUCCCAGCUCCUCUCUGCCCAACCUGUCUCUCAUGUCCAAACCUGUUGAGUAGAGAUUGCUCUUGAAUUCAUCCAAAAAGUGAAAUUCUGAAGAGGCCUCUUCCUUCUGCUCUGAAGAAUAGAUUGUGUUUGUACCUGCAGCUAGGCAACAGCUCGCAGAUCCCUUUUACAUUCCAUGCAAUCAACGUGUAUCCUUGAGCAACUCUGUAAGGGCGGUGUUAGUUUUUGGACUCUGCACCAAACUCACAGCUGGAAUAAUGUAACUCCAUACAAAAUUCUGUGUUGUCUAGUAGUCUAAGUCCAUUGCCAUGAGCCUUCCAAAGAUCAACACAUAUAACCAGAUCUCAAUGUGCCAAGAGACUAGAUGUACCACUAAAAGGUAAAUAAGUAGCUCCAGAAAUUCAUCUAAGGCAGGCAUGGCCAAACUUGGCCCUCCAGCUGUUUUGGGAAUACAGUUCCCAUCAUCCCUGACCACCGGUCCUGUUAGCUAGGGAUGAUGGGAGUUGUAGUCCCAAAACAGCUGGGGGGCCAAGUUUGGAUAUGCCUGAUCUCAGGGGUGCAGGGCUUGCUUCCUCUGCAACCUAGAAAGGAAGCAAGGCUCCUAUCCCACUACUAGCCUGGGGUAAUCCAUCCAUCCCUUACCUAGGGAUGGGCAAAUAUGCCAAUUUUGCUUUCAGGUUUUCUCUCUCUUUUUUAUAAUCUGAGUUAUCUUCUCCACAUUUUCACUUCCGUUUGCAAUUUUUAGAAAAGCUGUGCAACUUCAUCAGUAUUUUUGGGAGAAUUUCUCCUCCUGUACACAUUUUGUAUGUGACUUUUGUAAUUGCAACGCAAUUCCCUGAAACCUGGCGCAUUUUUGUAUGUUCUUUUCACUAAUAUAUGCACUUAUUUGAACCUUUUAGUAUAUGCAUUUUUAUACUACGUUUCUUGGUUGGGGAACUGCAUUGCUGGAUUCCAGGCCUUCCAAGUGUCCCUAUUUUCCAGGGACAGUUCCAGAUUUACAGAAGCCAUCCUGGUUUUCUGAUCUGAUCUGAGAACGUCCCACUUUUCCUUAGGACUUCCCUAUUUUCAUCAGAGAAGUGUUGGAGGGUAUGGAGUUAUGCGACCGCUGAGCCAAAGAGCUGAAUAACUAAACAACCUUUAGAUGAUUUCUGAAGGCAGCCCUUUAUAGGGAAGCUUUUUAAUGUUUAAGGUUUUUAUAUAUGUUGGAAGCCACCCAGAGUGGCUAGGGCAACCCAGUCAGAUGAGUGGGGUAUUACUAUCAUUAUGUUAUUCUUAUUCUUAUUAAGAUGUCCCUAUUUUCCAUUGGAGAAAUGUUGGAGGAUAUGAAAUUCUAAUAAGUGCAAAUUCUGAAGGAUGGCCGCAUUUGCUCUGCAUGUUGUUUGGGAAAGUACAAAUUAAGUUUGUUUUUAAAUGCAAAUAGAAGGAGCGUCUCCACCCCCAUCGUUCUAUCCGGACACUGAGGUCCAGCGCCGAGGGCCUUCUGGCGGUUCCCUCACUGCGAGAAGCCAAGUUACAGGGAACCAGGCAGAGGGCCUUCUCGGUAGUGGCACCCGCCCUGUGGAACACCCUCCCACCAGAUGUCAAAGAAAUAAACAACUACCAGACUUUUAGAAGACAUCUGAAGGCAGACCUGUUUAGGGAAGCUUUUAAUGUUUGAUGCAUUACUGCAGUGUUUCCCAACCUUGGGCCUCCAGCUGUUUUCGAACUACAAUUCCCAUCAUCCCUGACCACUGGUCUUGCUAGCUGAGGAUUAUGGGAGUUGUAGUCCAAAAACAGCUGGAGGCCCAAGGUUGGGAAAUGCUGCAUUACUGUAUUUUAAUAUUUUGUUGGAGGCUGCCCAGAGUGGCUGAGGGAACCCAAGCAGAUGGGAGGGGUAUAAUUUAUUAUUAUUAUUAUUAUUAUUAUUAUUAUUAUUCUCAUUCAUUCACACCUGUAUCUAAUCAAGCUACAGCGAACCCCACCCACCAAGCCUUCCUAGGGAAAGCACUGGAUACAAUGCCGUAUUUUCCUCCGAGAGCAUCUAAACCUAAACAAUAUGCUUCAUUUCAUUUCAUUGCUGCCUGUAAAAACAUUUGCUUUCUGUGAAACGUAUUUUUCCAGAGGUGAUGAAAGAGAGGGCCCAGCAGAGAUGCACUGGGGAUUUAGCUCAGAAUUUUGGCAAACCUCAUGUCGUCAAGCUAUUUGUGCAUGAUGGGAGUAACACAGCAUGAGGAUAAUAUGCUAGGAAUGAAACGGGCAACAGUUACAUGUUCUGGAAAACACGAGUAAUCUUUAUGGAGAUUGAGGCUGCAACCCAAUACUCACCUGGGAACUCGGUGGGACUUAGGAAUAUAAGGAGAGGCAGCGGGCGGUUUUGACGUUCCUAAUAUUAAAUUGAUGCUUUUGAAUUCUGGUGCUGGAGGAGACUCUUGAGAGUCCCAUGGACUGCAAGAAGAUCAAACCUCUCCAUUCUGAAGGAAAUCAGCCCUGAGUGCUCACUGGAAAGACAGAUCCUGAAGCUGACGCUCCAAUACCUCAUGAGAAGAGAAGACUCCCUGGAAAAGACCCUGAUGCUGGGAAAGAUAGAGGACACAAGGAGAAGGGGAUGACAGAAGACGAGAUGGUUGGACAGUGUUCUCGAAGCUACCAACAUGAGUUUGACCAAACUGUGGGAGGCAGUGGAAGACAGAAGUGCCUGGCAUGCUCUGGUCCAUGGGGUCACGAAGAGUUGGACAUGACUAAAUGACUAAACAACAACAACAAUAAUAUUAAAGAAGAAUGCUUGAUAUGGUUUCAUUGUUAAUUAUUCUGAAGGUAGCCACUUUAACUGUAAUGAUGCAUGAUCUCUGGAAAGUGAGAAAAUUUGGGUACCAAAGAUGACUCAUCCUCCCAGCUGAGGGCAGGGGGUUGACGGAGGUGGGUGUGCAUGUCAAGGAAUAGCAGAAUCGCAGAAAGAGACCAGGAAAGAGCUGGGACUUAGCUCUGGAAGCCCCCAGUUGGAGCUGCUUCUCUGAAUUACAAAUAUCCCCGGUGAAAGGGGUUCCUUUAAAUCACUACCUUCACCAGUUCUUAAUCGCUAAGCUGUUUGGCAUCUACUCUUAAGGGUGCCGAUUUUUACAAGGCCUGACUCUCAUUAAAGCAGCGAAACAAUAAAAUGAAUGAGUAGCACUUCCGUUAGCUGAUCUAAUACAACAUCUACUGGAAAAGUGGUUUGCAAGCUUGGUUGGGAGAAGCCCUUUCCCUUGGGGUUCCCAAGAAGUUGGUUAGGGAUUUUUCAGCGAGGUUAGUCAUUGCAGACAAGCUUCCCUGAAAGGCAGCUUCCCUGCCACUGCUGAUAAUUGCCUUGCAAGGCCAGCCCUACCAGUAAGCAAAGUGAGGAAGUCGUAUCAGCCAUAGAUGAUGGGAGGUGUUGAGAGAGCAGCAAGAUCAGCCCUCUGGUGUAUCCUGCACAUCUUAAACAAAUCUGCUGGUCGCAGGGGUGGUAGAGGACACUGUCCCAUUGUCGCUGGAAGCAAGAUUCAACUUCAAAAUAAAUUGGGAGGGCUCUACAAUAGGAAGCCACAGGAGAAUCACAUACUCAUGGAAUUGUAGAGUUGGAAGAAGAAGAAGAAGAAGAAGAAGAAGAAGAAGAAGAAGAAGAAGAAGAAGAAGGAGAGUUUGUAUUUGAUAUCCCGCUUUAUCACUACCCGAAGGAGUCUCAAAGUGGCUAACAUUCUCCUUUCCCUUCCUCCCCCACAACAAACACUCUGUGAGGUGAGUGGGGCUGAGAGACCUCAGAGAAGUGUGAUUAGCCCAAGGUCACCCAGCAGCUGUAUGUGGAGGAGCGGGGAAUCGAACCCGGUUCCCCAGAUUACGAAUCUACCGCUCUUAACCACUACACCACACUGGCUCUCAGGAUCCUCUAGUCCACCCCCACCCCCCAGGAUUGCAGGAAUCAUGGUGGAUGGAGAAUGGGUUAAAUGUUACAUUCCCUAAAUUAUAAUGUUGUGGGUUGGUGAGAUCCUGACCUAUCGGUUGUGCUAAGAAGCUCGCAUUUGAACAGGCAUUGCGAGAAAAUGUGGCUAAUUUGAAGGAAUGGCAUUUAAAACCAUGGGUGGGGUUACUUAUGAAUAUGUUUCAGCGGGAGGCCAUUUCUGUAGAUGGAAAUUGCACUGCAUAUAUUUAUCCAACUCCUAUAACAUUACACGCAGUAGUUUUUAGAUCUUUAGUCACCCGGAUAUCACAAUGUCAAAUUUAUGCUGGGGAUAAAUCAAUAAACAAGUCACACUACCAGAGCAUUGCUCAAACUCCUAUGACCAAAGCCUACAUUUUUCCUGAACCAAUGCCAGGGUUAUGAACUGAGAGAUGUGAAUAGCCAUCUCUUGCCCCUCAAGUGCAAUUCCUUAUUUAGGCAUGUGGCUAGGAAUCCAAGUGGAUGGCCGAAUCCCACAUAAUUGGCUGUUUGCAGACAUCUCUCCGACAGGAAAAUAUAAAGCCAGUGCAGACUUUGGGUUAAUGGCGCUGAUACCCCUUUGGGAAAUGUGCUCUCCAAAACUCAGGUCCUUGUAUGCCAAAUAAGCUGUAUGAGUCUAACGUUAAUGCAAGGAUUUAUGUGAGUUCAGCUGUGUGUGUCGCUGUGUUUAAAAAGGUGCGCCAUCUUAGGAGUUCCUAUGGAGGCAGUGCUAAUUGAAAGCAUGGAGAUCACCGUUGGACAGCUCUUUAACUCUGUGAUAUAUUGGGUGCUUUGACUCACUCUUGUCUUCACUGGUUCACAGAGAUGGAUGAGGGCUUCUCAGAAAACUUCCCGUGCAUCUUGUUACGUGCUAUGAUGCUAAAUUAGGUUCUUACCAGAAGCCAACAUCUGGGGGGAAAUGCAAAUUAAACUUUGCAGAGCUGCCUUGGGAAGAGGAGGAUUCAUGUUUUCCGACUAGCACUUCCCAAUCCUCUGUUUUUGUUUCUUUCAAGAUUAACUAUGCAUUAGCAAAUAAAUAGGUUGGAUUCUAAAAUAGACCCUUCCUAUUUUUGACUUUUGGAAACAUUUACAUGUCACAGCAGCUUUAUUCCGAAUGUGUGGGAAAUUGGGAUGACCGAUGUUUAGAUAAAAAUGGUUCUGCAAAAUGUUCGGGGUUGCCAACUUUUGUUCUGGAAGGGCUCCUGCGCCUUUAAUGGAUGCAUUAAAGGGAAGUUCUCUUUCUGCAGUUCUCUUACUGCACAUAACUGUGGCAUUGUGGGAAGUCUUACUAUGAGAACUAUUGCUUCUUUUCUCUUGCAUGCUGGGAAGUUUUUGCCUCUGCACAUGAGUCUGAGAAUGUUCUGAACAGUUCCCAUUGAGUUCAUGAAACAGUGUACCCUGACCUGUUCUUAAUGCUUUGCUGACCACAUCUACGGAACGUGAUUGUUGUAUUCUUUCAUGUUAUGUUCUCUCAAUAUUAAUCUUUAGUUAUAAUUUAAUUAGGAGGAUUCAUGCCUGUCUAGUUCCAGCUCCGUUUCUCAGCCUUUGAUCUAUCAGUGAUAAAUAGUUAUAUGUAAUUCCCGCCUUGUACCCAUGUUAACCAAUCAGCAACAAGUUGCUUUGUGUUUGUAUCAACCAAUCAGCCACAAGCACACCUGUGGCAAUGUUUGUAAUAUUCAAUAAAAGAGAGUUCCCGGGGCUCGCCCCGGCAGACGCCUCUCAUAUGACACCUGCCACUCGUCUGUCGUGAUUUUCAACCCAACAAUGCAUGACAUACCGUAAUUCACUAGUUUGCACUUUUCCUGGCACAUGGAGGGGGGGAAAGAGCCCUGUGAUGCCUGCAACAUGCUUUGGGGGCAUGGAGGGGGAGGAGGGUUCCUCACAUCGAGAAAAGCAGUGCCUGCUGAAUUGUUCCCUGUUUUACAAGUAUGCAAGGCUUGGGAGCCCCAAAAGGAAAAAAAGUUGGCAGUAUUUUUUUUUGAAUUAUUUUUUAUUCAUUUUACAAUACAAAAAUAUAAAAACACAUAACACAAUUUUUCACAAAUACAUUUUUUGGAGUUCCCUCAGCUCUUCUGCAAAUCCUCCGUUUUAGUCCUUCUUCCGCAUUUCUUAAUCUAGUAUUGCCUUUUAUUAAAAACCUCUUCCCUCUUAUUCCCUUUUUAACAAUAUUUCUAAUAUUAUUUUCACAGAGCCUCUUGCAAACCUACAAACGUUAAUUGUUCAUCGCAAAUACUUUUCAAAUAGUCUACAAAUUUACUCCAGUCUUCAGUGAAUCUGUGGUCUCGUAGGCCUUGGAUCCUUCCAGUUAGUUUAUCAAGUUCUGCGUAUUCCAUUAACUUCAUUCUCCAUUCUUCCAUCGACGGUAAUUCUUCUUGUUUCCAUUUUUAGGCUAGCAAUAUUCUUGCCGCUGUUACUGCCUAUAAAAAAAGCUUAUAAUCUUUCCUGUUUAUUUCAUUUCCUACCAUUCCUAACAAAAAUGCCUCUGGUUUCUUAACAAAUGUAUAUUUCAACAUUUUUUUCAAUUUGUUAUAUAUCAUUUCCCAGAAGCCUUUCACCUUCUUACAUUCCCACCACAUAUGAUAAAAAGUCCCUUCCUUUUCUUUACAUUUCCAACAUUCCAAUAUACAUUCUUGCUAAGUUCACUGGUGUUAUAUACCAUCUAUAUACCAUUUUCAUAACAUUUUCUUUUAACGCAAUACAGGCCAAAAGUUGGCAGUCUUACUCUUGAUUUGGAUGCUGAGUAAAAACGUAUUUUACAAAGUCACCCGUUUUGUUGAAAAUGCACAGAAAAAGCAUCUGAAACGUUUAUGUCUGGCAGACCUUGAGAGCUGUUGUUUAAAUUGUCUAUUAAUAGCACUGAAGCGGCAAGUAGAAAGAAUGGCUGGCUUUAGCAGAGAACUCUCCCCCUCUCCGAUUCUCAUGCGAUGUCACUGGCCCCACGGGUGAAAUAUUACCAGCAGAGCUAACAAUGAAAACCAACAUGCAUUUCAGAUAUGUUGUUCCUUUGAUCUCAUUAUUUCCAAUCUGGCAAAGAAGAGUAAUAUGGUAUUUAAGGCUUAUGGAAAGUGAGCUGGUUAUCCUAACAGCUGUUUAGGCAGAUAAAGUGGGGGAAAGCAGAAGUAAUUUCAUUACAGCAUUAGCAGAGAAAUCCAUAAAGAGAAAGUGAAGAGCCCACCAAGUAUCUUUCAAGGUGAAAGCUUUCUGAAGCAGGAUGCCAAAUAUUUUCAGUAUUUUUUGUAAUGCAUGCAGUGCAGAUGCAAAUUUAGCUGUUUGUGCACUGUGAACUGGAGGGAUGCUCCUAGGCAGGGUUUUGGUUUUUUAAGUUUCAUGUGUGCAUGUUUAACCUACCUGAACUGUAUGCCAGGUCUCUCUCCAAGCCUCUACUUAUCUGCCAAGAGAUUGUUGGGCAAAUCAGCAAUAUAGAUCAUUACUUCUCCAGUUAAAUGAAACGUCUGGUAUAAUAAAAAUACAGGAGUCUACAAAAACAACAGAAAGGCUUAAUGUGGUAUGCAAGGAGGAUUCAAAUGCAUUGCUUUCAGUGGUCCAAGACAUAUUAAUAGAGAUCUCUUAGGGCAGUUUUAGCAAAAACAAGACAGAAUUAUUUCAGAAAUGCAUUUGUUUUUUCUAUGUAAAGUAAGUUAAGUCCAGGCAUAGGCCCUCCAGAUGUUUUGGGACUACAGUUCCCAUCAUCCCUGACCACUGGUCCUGUUAGCUAGGGGUGAUGGGAGUUGUAGUCCCAGAACAUCUGGAGGGCCGAGUUUGCCUAUGCCUGGUUAAGUCUAUCAAACAGUAAGUUUGCUGGGGUGUGUAUGGAGGGAAUGAAACACAUUUCCACAUGGAGUGGGAUUGCAGGGUAGCAAGUACAUAUUGUGAUGACGUAAUGGAAGAAGGUAAAAAAAAUGAUUCAAAACUAUUAUCAAUAUUGGGUGGAGAAAAUGAAAAUUGCAGGGCAAAGAUAAUGCCUUUUUUAUUGGCAGCUGCUCAUCUGGUGGUGGCAGAGACAGAGGAGCAGGUACCAAUAGCACUGUGGAAAGCGCAGAUCCGAGACACUGCUUAACUAGAAAUAAUAACCAUGCAGAUACAGAAGGCUAAAGGAGAUACAGACCUUGAGAAUACUUGGCAUGAUCUUACAGUCUUUGCGAACAGGGGAAACAUCAGUUGAAGACCAGCAAUGAAUGACUUCCAGACAUCCACUUUACUGAGUAUUCAUCUUGAUUUCUUUAGGGGGGGCGGCGGAAUUAGAUGGUGCUGAGGAAUUAUGGAGCACUCGUUCCGAUUUGCUGGACAGGAAGUUCGCACCAAUAAAUUCUAUCCCACUCUUUCCAGUUCAUUUAGCUAACACGUUCAAAACAAACUCAAAGAAUCCCGAGAACUGUAGUUUAGCCCAGACAGACGUAUAAUCCCCAGUGCCCACAACAAAUUACAGUUCCCAGGAUUCCUUGGGGGAAGUCAUGUGCUUCAGAUGUAUGGCAUAUAUGCAGCCUGCCACUCUUCUUACCGCAAUAUGGGAGGGAAGUAGGUUUGUUAAAAUAGUGACACUCUGGAAGUGCUGUGGGUAACUAUGGAACAACCUUAGAGGAUGAGAUUUUACUAGUUCUAUUUAUUUCACGUGGCAAAAAGACAAAUGGAUAUUGAACUUUGGGGAAUGCUCUUAUGCCAUUAAAAUCCCUUCUGUAAAUCAAUCAAUUGAAGUAGCAGAAAAGAAAAAGAACUGGUCUGUCUAGUUCAGUAUUGUGUAAACCGGAAGGCAAUGGUUUUCCAAGGUUUCCAGUAUUUCCCUGCCCUACCUGAAGAUGCUUCAGACUAAAACUGGGACCUUUUGCAUACAAUGACUGCUCCCCACAUAAAACGGGGGGCGACCUUUGUGUGAUGCGCGCAGCCCCUGGAUCUUGAGCGGCUCCAUCAACACAGGCUUGGCUUCGCCUUCUCCCAGGUGGGAUACCUGCAGGUCUCUGCCUACCUCAGUCAGUUGUCCAAUCCCACCUGGGGGAAGCGUUGCCAAGGAGACCAGGCCAGGUAGGGGAGGGACUACCUGCCCACACAAUAGAGGGAGCAUCUUACCUGGGAAUCCUCACUUGGCUCCAGAGCUUCUCCCACCCUAUCCACCCUCAGUUAAGGCUUAUUUUGCAGGAUAACUUUUCUUCACAGGUAUGCAGGCGCUGCUACGUCAAGGUCGCUGUUAAAGGGCCGGAAAGGAAUUUCCCUGCAUUGGCAGGUUUUGCCUUUCCUGUAGCAAAACGUCACAACUUUGGUGGUAUCAGGCCUUGGGCGGAAUCCUUGGGCACCUCUUUGCAGCGGCGAUACCAGGGUUCCCCGUUAAAGGGGUUUCUGAGGGGAGGCUUUGACCGUACGCUGAGAGGUCGUCAUUGCUCUCCCCUGCGGCGACGGCGUAGUGGGGGCGGCUAUCUCUGCUUGAACAUAUGUUCUCCAGAGCCGGCCCAUCCCCUCCGCACUUGAAUAACCCUGAUGUUCCCUAGGUCCCCGGCUGGGGACUGGGGAGGGAUAAGGUCCAGUGCCUGAGCCAAGGUCUACCCACAUCUGAAAUAUAAUAAAGUUGUGGCCAAUUUAAUCCCAUAGCAUGUUGUCUUGAGUCAUUAUUCCACAUGACGGGGGGGCGCCCGGGAUCUGGGGGACUCCGCCUGUCCACGCAAUGCAUGUUCUCUGCCCCUGAGCCUGCAAGUACCUCCCACAUCACACUGCAGAAAGCUUAAUUUAAACCGUAUGGUAAACAUAUGUGAACAGGUGCCACAUUUCUUCCUGUUUCUUUUCUGCCCAACUUGCAUUCCAGCAGGUUUCUAAACCUAUUUCUAAACCAGAAAGGGUAUGUAUGUAUCAUAUCAUCGUAUUAUAUCCACUGUAAUAAAAAUCUGACCUUAGAGAAGGCUGCAUAUUCUAGGCCAAAACCUCUCCAGUCACUUACCAGUAACUUGUUGGCUCAACGGCAACAAAUUUAAAGACCAGUCCCAAAUUGCAAUCCCUCCCCCCCUUGCACUUGGAACGUUACAUGAAUAAUAUCGAGCCACAAGUUUCCCAGGGCUGCGAUCGUUUCCAGAGUAUGAACCAGAAACACAAGACGGGUCGUUCUUGGAAUGCAGCGUAAAAUUUAUGAUGCUAAUAAGGUGUUAGGUUGCCUCGCCCUCGUGUUUGUCAGCUCCCUAACUCCGGUGGAACAGUAUUCCAUCGUUUCGGCACAUCGGCGCAUGGCACCCCUGAGCUGCGUUUUGCCAGGGAACCGCUUUUUAAAAAUAAGAUACUGCUUUGUGGCACGUUGCAUAUGCAGCAAAAUUCUGCAAGGCCAGAGUGCAAAGCCCUUCUCGAGGGAGCCGUAAAGAUCUCUCAGGUUAGAUCUGCUUCCUCACAGAAAGCAGGAGGGUUAGCGUAUGAAAGUCCUGUGGAUGCCACUGCAGCCACUAUGACAACGUAUCAGGUUUGUCUCAUAGUAUAUAACAAGGCUGCUGAAGUUUGCCUUCCUCCAGAGUUACAAAUCAUAGAACGGAGCUAACAGUUAUGUUCUUGCACAUAUAAACCUCUGACAUUUUAUAAACAUAGUGGAGUGAACAAAAGCAAUCAGUAGUUAAUAUGGUGGGAAAUACUAACCUCCAACAUUUCUCUGACGAAAAUAGAGACUUAUUUUUUAUAUUUUUAUAUUUUUAUAUUUUUAUAUUUUUAUAUUUUUAUAUUUUUAUAUUUUUAUAUUUUUAUAUUUUUAUUAUUUUACUACCCCACCCAUCAGGCUGGGUUGCCCUAAAUGAAUUAAAUAAAAUAAAUUUAGCCAUAAAUCGAUGGUUAAACUGGACUUUGCAGUUGUUCAUUUAAAUGCUCACCAAUUUGAUUAGCCUGUACAGUUUAUGACUGACAUAUAUAAUAAACCCAAACUCAGGAAUGCAAGCUCGUUCACAACAUCUCUCACAAUUCCAUAGGGCUGCCAAAUUUCAAAAAGUAAAAAACCAGGACAUCCUGAGCUUUUCUUUUCUUUUUUUUUUAGGAAACCCUCCAAAAUUGUCGAACUUUUAUAAGGAAAACCAAAAAGAUAUUGAACUUGCCUAACAUUGAUUCAGUUGUUUAAGAUCCAGGACAAAGCGCUGCCUUUCAGAAAUCCCCCCUCCCCCCGGUAAUGUCUGGACAAAUGGCAGAACAGGCUUGUGUGGUUGCACUUCUAGCAUGAUGCCUGAGGUGAUGUUGAUACCAUUCCCACUGCCCCCGCAGUGCAUAUACUGUAUAUGAUAGCAACCUCCAUUUCAAGUUGAAUUGGCAGAUUUCACAAUCCUAACAGGAUAUGUUACCAUUCUUACUAAAGCUACAAGAGUUAACCAGCAGAUAAAAAUAUUAAAAUCACAGGCAGAUGGUGGCUGUACAUCUAAACAAGUAUAAAUAUACUUUUCCUCGUCCACUUAUAAGAUGCAUCGUUUUCUUAGAAAGAAGUUGGUUGCCAGACUUUAUCAACGAUUCUUCCUAUUUGUCCUAAAUAUCCUUGACCACAUAACAGACUGUAAGCUAAUCUUCAGGUUCAGUGCAAGUGAAUACCAGGAAAGAAGAACGGCUUAGACAGUUUAUGAUCAGCAACUCAAAUUACAGUCCUGGGAGUCCUCUGCAUCACUGCACCAUUUCAAAUAAACAGUGUGAUAGCAUAUUUACAAAGUGAGGAUUGGUUUUUCAUUUCAGCGUAGAGGCCAACUCAGAAAUUGCAAGGAAAACUUUGUGGCAUCAAAUGAGAGACAGCAGACUGAAGUCUGCCUUGCCCAGUAAGCUUCCCAUUCUGUUCUACCUGACCAAAAUGGAAAAUAAUUAUGUAUCUUCAUGUGUUCCUACUUCUCAGCUGGAUAUUGCUUUGGAAUACAAGUUCAACCAAAUGUCACUUUUGUGCUGGUUGCCAAGUUUUGUUUUAUGGGCACCCGUUCUUGUGCUGAAACCAGGAGCCUAACACAUUCAACCAGUGUUGAGGUGACUCAAACUACAAUUAAUCCAGAACACAGCUGCCAGACUAGUGACUGGCAGUGUCCACCAGGACCAUAGAACACCAAUCCUAAAAGAUCUACAUUGGCUCCCGAUACAUUUCCAAGGACAAUUCAAAGUGUUGGUGCAGAUCUUUAUAAAGCCCUAAACGGCCUUGGCUCUGUAUACCUGAAGGACUGUCUCCACUCCCGUUGUUUAGCUGGGACACUAAGAUCUAGCUCCAAGGGCCUUCUGGUGGUUCCCUCACUGCCAGCAGUGAAGUCAGGUUACAGGGAACCAGACAGAGGGUCUUCUUCGUAGUGGGGCCCACCCUUUAAAGGUCAGAACCAACACUUUGAAUAAUGCUCAGAAAUUUACUGGGAGCCAAUGCAGAUCCAGGUGGAAUCUACACACAUAUGGAAAAACAUUCUGAAAAUGGUUUUUUUAAAGCAUUUUUUAAAAAUACGUUGAAUUUUCCAUAAGGCUCAUCAUUGAUAUCUAGUGUCACAUUAUAAUGUUUCAUUUGCAACUGUAUAGCUGAGUCCCCAGUAUUACAUGGUCCCAGCAGCCACUCCCAGUCACCGCAUUCUAGAUUAGUUGUCGUUUCCGGGUCACCUUCAAACGUUGCCCCAUGUAGAGCGCAGUGCAGUAGUCCAAACAGGAGAUAACUAGAGCAUGCACCACUCUGGCAAGACAGUCUGUGGGCUGGGUCUCAGCCAGCAAACCAGGUGGAGCUGGUAGACAGCCACCCUGGAUACAGAAUUGACCUGCGUCUCCAUGGACAGCUGUGAGUCCAAAAUGACCCCCAGGCUGCAUAGCUGGUCCUUCACAGUUCAGGACCAAGGAGUCCCCCACACCUGCCUGCAACCUGGUGUGGAGUUCAGCAACAUCUGUGGCUUAUUCCUGUUGAGCCAGUCUACAAAGCUGCAAAACGGAAAGUUUUAGUGAGCAAGUAAAAAGGUACGUUUGAAAUGAAUUCAGUGAGGAUAGUUAUCAAUGGUGCUCUUCAGACCUGCUGAUGCAGUGGUGUUUUUGGAAUCCGCCGCCCCCUGCCCCCCAGUAGAAAAGUUUAGUAUAAACAUUUUUUUCUCUUGGAGCCGUGCUUUCCCCAUCUGUUGCACUCAUGGGAAGAGCAGUUUAUUUAUUUACCACAUUUCUUUCUCACCCUUCCUGCAAUGAGCUCAUGAUGGCAAACCCUGUGAGGCUGGUUAGUCUGAGAGAGAACAGUUUACCCAAGGCCACCCAGCAAAACUCAAGUCUGAAAGUUCAAGAAGCAAGAGUGAAUUGCCCGAAUUAGUUAUCGAGAUCUUCCCCUUCCACACCUCAGUCCUGGCAUGCCUAGAGGGUCCAUCUGACGCCACCUGCAUGAUGCUGGACAAAACACUACAAGGAAUUAUGGGGCAGUGACUAGGAAAGACAGUAGGAGAAACUCCAAAUGUUCUGUUCUGCAAAUGCACACAGGCAGGAACUAUCUUGUGUAGAAGUCAAUAAGACCAUCAGUUCAGGGUCAACCAUAUGUCUGCUAUUAGCAGCCUCUCUAGCUCAGUCAACUUCCCAUGCUUAUUAGCAUUUCUCAAAAGCAUGUGUUUGAGUUGCAACGGGUCUGAAACACUGCAAAUCUGUACUGUACAAGCAAAAUAUCACUACCAGAGAAGAAGCCAGGCCUACUCGUGGAUAUCCUCUCCUUUUCCCUGGCAAGGCCUUCAUGCACUUCUUGGGGUUAGCAGAGAUGACUAGCAGCUGUCUGGAAAAUGAAACACCCACCCCUGCCCCUUCUCGGACUAAACAGCUUCUGCAAAAGAACCUGGCUGAUCUCUCUCUCCUACUCUAUGGCAGCAGCCGCAGAACUCUGGAGUGUUGUCUUCCUGUUCUGCACCCCCAACAUCAUAAGGCAGACUACUCCUCCCUUCUCCCCAGUCGUCAAUCACUGCAUUGACCAUCUACUUAAACCCAGGGAGGAUUAGCAAGGUGGAUCCCAUUUACAGUGCAAUAUGUAAACCUUGCCCUGGUUCCAAUGGAGUUAUACUCUCAAGGAUAGCAACCCAAUGCAAGGCGUUAAAGCAGUCAGCAUCCAGAAUGGCUCAAACAAUCCCUUUUGUUGGUCCUCAAUCUGACAGCAAUCAUUUGGCUGUUGAAUUUAAAACCUGAAAAUGAUCAUAUUUGCAGAGGGUUAGAGGCAUAAGCUGUAGUUGACCUCACGAGUAUAUAUGUGUGUGUGUCUUGGGAUAACACUUCAAACAUCUGAUAGAGCGAACACUAGUUGAUGAAAGCUUAUAAUAAAUUUGUUAGUGUUUAAGGUCCCCACAAGAUUCUUUGUGGUUUUUGCAUAAGAGGAGAAGUUCAGCAAAAUGCAAUACUUCCCAUAACUGCAACACAAUGUGAUAGGAUUCAAUUAACAAAGACAUUUUCAGCCUACAACUUAUAGAAAAUGGUUCAACGGAUUGAUUUGAAACUCGGCAGUGUAAAAGUUUGAGGAUAGUCCCUGUCGAAUUUGGGGUAGAAAGAAGAGACCCUCCAAAUGUCCCUAUUUUCCUGGGCCGUCCCUGAUUUAGAGAAGCCGUCCCGGUUUCUGAUUUGAUUCCAGAAUGCCCAGUUUUUCCUUAGGAUGUCUCUAUUUUAAUUGGAUAAAUGUUGGAAGGUAGGGAGUUAUCAGACCCCUGAGCUGUCUGAAAGCAAUCCUGUAUAGGGAAGUUUUAUUAAUGUUUUAUUGUGUUUUUAUAUAUGUUGGAAGUUGCCCAGAGUGGCUGUGGCAACCCAGUCAGAUGUGUGGGGUAUAAAUUAUUGUUAUGGAAUGGGAUGUCCCUUUUUUCAUGGGAGAAACGUUGGAAGGUAGGGAAGAAAUGAUUUUGAACAAGUUACAUUUGAUGAGUAACACAAUGAAGUUAAAGGUAGUGUACACUUUUCUUGCACAGACUUUGUUGGGGUGGUUUUUUUUUUUAAAGAAAUAUUUUGCCAUUUCUACCAAGGGUUUUGGGAAAGGUGUUGUUGAGCUGGGCCUGACGAAUCUUAGCUUUAGCAAGGAUUUUGAGGUCAGCACCAUCAGGCCAGGGAACCAGGCCACAAAGGACUGAUCAAUGCACAUGACUGAUUCUCCACACUGUCAGAAACAGGAAAACUCUUUGGCUUGCUGCUUCUGAUGGAAACUGAAACCAGGAGCAGAGGUCUGGUUGCGAUGUUGCUAUGAUCCACAAUAAGAAAUCAGGAGUGACGGUGCCAGAACUUGCAUGUAUCAUGGCAUCUAUCGCAGCCUCUCAGUAGUUGUUAAAAUAAAUACUGCAGUCUAAGGAGCAAGUGAUCUGGUGGUUGAGUAUAAUAUUUCCCUGUAGUAUCUUCUGGUAGCCCUGAGUAUUUCAGUAAGGAAGUGGGGAAGUGCAGUUCUUUUCAGUAGUAACAUAUUUACACACAGGAAAGCAUUUACCAUUUGUUUGGGGUCUACGGCCGUCUUUUAAACAGUAUAUAUGUUAGUCAAUAUGUUGGUCAUGGUGCUGGAGGAGACUCUUGAGAGUCCCAUGGACUGCAAGAAGAUCAAACCUCUCCAUUCUGAAGGAAAUCAGCCCUGAGUGCUCACUGGAAGGACAGAUCCUGAAGCUGAGGCUCCAAUACUUUGGCCACCUCAUGAGAAGAGAAGACGUCCUGGAAAAGACCCUGAUGUUGGGAAAGAUGGAGGGCACAAGGAGAAGGGGAUGACAGAGGACGAGAUGGUUGGACAGUGUUCUCGAAGCUACCAGCAUGAGUUUGACCAAACUGCAGGAGGCAGUGGAAGACAGGAGUGCCUGGCGUGCUCUGGUCCAUGGGGUCACGAAGAGUCGGACACGACUAAAUGACUAAACAACAACAAAUGCUGGUCAAAAUACAUGCAUGUUACAUGGUGCAAGAUUAAUGACUGGAUUUAUUUAUUUUUUACUUAAAAGCAGUUUUUGGAGGGCCUGGAUUAGUUUGAAUCAGCAGCACUGCGGGAAACACAGAAACUAUCCCAGGCCAUUCUCCUGAUCUUGAUCCUAAAAGACUCCGCCCUGAUGCUUGUUACACUGGGGGCUGGGAAACCUAUAUUUUCCCUUAGUAGAUUGAACAACAGUUGGGAAAAUGGCACAGGCAAAAAAAAAACACAAACCCAACAACAACCAAAAAACCAUCCUUCUCAAGUUCUGAUCUUCUAAUCCAAUUUGGAGCAGCUCUGCAACUGUUUUUUUACUGAACAUAAAUGCUCUGUGAGAUCUAAUCACAGAUCUCCAUUUUAAUGGGUGGCUUGGUCUUGUGUGGAAAUGAGUGACAAUGCAAAGAGAUGUGGACAAAGAAGAAACAGAUCAUUUCCCCUUCCCCAUUUGCUACGCUUAAGGUAAAGGGUAAAGGGACCCCUGACCAUUAGGUCCAGUCGUGGCCGACUCUGGGAUUGCGGUGCUCAUCUCGUUUUAUUGGCCGAGGGAGCUGGCGUACAGCUUCCGGGUCAUGUGGCCAGCAUGACUAAGCUGUUUCUGGCAAACCAGAGCAGCACACGGAAACGCCGUUUACCUUCCCACUGGAGCGGUACCUAUUUAUCUACUUGCACUUUGACGUGCUUUUGAACUGCUAGGUUGGCAGGAGCAGGGACCAAGCAACGGGAGCUCACCCCGUCAUGGGGAUUCAAACCACCGACCUUCUGAUUGGCAAGUCCUAGGCUCUGUGGUUUAACCCACAGCGCCACCCGCGUCCCUAAGCGUUGGUACGCUUAGGCAGUGCUAUUUUUCUAGGGGGGAAAGGUGCCAGAACUUACCAUGAACACCUCCCUUGUUCUCUUAGAAUGGCAAUGAGUUCCUAUGAGUUCCCCCUGAAAAAAAAUCCCUAUGAUUAGGGUUUCUGAUUGCAUUUUCUGUUUUCUCCUCAUGAGAGGAGUCACCUGUUUUGAAUCUUUCUCAAUCCGAGUUCUGCUUGCCUCACCUCAAAAAGCAUAUUGUAGAGUUGCAAAAGUUUUCAGAAUAGGGCAACUGAAAUGAUCACAUGGAUAAAGCGAAUGCCCUACAAAGAAAGGUUGCAGUGUUUGGGACCGUGUAGUUUAGUUAAAAAGUAAGUAGGAGGUAACAUGAUAGAUGUUUAUUAAAAGAAAAGGCUUAUUCAAGGGAGAGAAAGGACUGCUUAGCGGGGGGGGGGUGUCAGGGAGACAGGUAAUGGCUCUUGCAAUUUUAAAACCAGCUUCUCAGCAGUAGCCUCAAGGAACGAUAAACCGCUCUGUAUCUUGGUGGCAUUCUGUGCUUCUCCCCUGCUGUGCCAGUAAACUGAUCUAGUCUUUGGAAACUUUGCUAUGUCCUGCCAGAAUUAAAGCAGACCCUCCAAAUGUCCCUAUUUUCCAGGGAUGGUCCCAGAUUUACAGAAGCCGUCACGGUUUCUGAUCUGCUCCUGGAAUGUCCUACUUUUCUUUAGGAUGUCCCUAUUUUCACUGGAGAAAUGUUGGAAGGUAGGAAGUUAUGCGAUCCCCUGAGCCGAAGAGAUACAACCUCUAGAAGAUAUCUGAAGGCAGCCUUGUAUUGGGAAGUUUUCAAAAAAAAAUGUUUAAUGUUUUAUUAUGUUUUUACGUACGUUGGAAGCCGCCCAGAGUGGCUGGGGAAACCCAGUCAAAUGGGUGGGGUAAUAAUAAUAAUAAUAAUAAUAAUAAUAAUAAUAAUAAUAGAAUAAGACAUUUCUCUUUGCAUUUGUUGGAGGGUAUGUUAAAGAGGUUUCCUCAGUCCAGGAUGUGUACAGCAUAGGCAUCAAUCUCUUGGAAGGAAAAGGGACAAUCAGCAACCAUAGGUAACACUUGACAUGUGGUAAUACAAAGUUGCUUUCCAUUUUAAACAGAGAGAGGUCAAAACAUGACAUCGGGGUAGGAAAUCUGUUGCUCUCCAGAUUCUGUACUACAGCUCCUAUCAUCCUUGAACUUUGGCCAUGCUGCACAAGGCUGAUGGGAGUUGUAGUCCAAAAACACCUGAAGGGCCACUGGCUCACCAUCCCUACAUUUCAUGUUUGUUGUAGCCCAACAGUAAAGCAUAGAUGUAAAGCCCACGUGUCCCUGUGUCAUUAAACUUCCUUGCACAUGGGUCUGGGAAACCUAGCCCAAUAGGAGUAUUCCUGCGGCAAUUAUAACGUAUGGAGCUGUUCCGAAAAUGAUCCAUGCACCAGCACUAAGCCUAUAAAAGCCAGUGCUGUGCAAGAAGAUAUGGUCACUGUUGAGAGCAUUGCAGGAGGACAGAAAUGUGCUAAGUGAAUUUAAAUACAGUGUUAGGCUUGGAUCAAGGAGAUCUAGGUUCAAAAUCUCCUACUGAACCAGGAAUUUUAGUAGGUGAGCAUGGGUCAACCAUAACCUCUAACCUUUCACAUAUUCUUGAGGAUAGCACAUAUUAAUGCAAACAUGCCCAACUACACUGUCCUGAAGCAUCUGGAGGAAGAAUAAGUUUAAAAGAAAUAGAGAGAGAUACCGGUUCAACACAGUAAUUUGCAAACAAAUAAAAAGAUGCAAAAAAUAUUGUGUGAUAUUUGAAAAUAUGGUACUAAGAGUUAAUCAAUGAAAAUGCCAAGUUUUUAGAAAUAUUAUAGAGGUUCCCAAACUUGCACCAUUUUGAGCCAUCCACCAAGAUAAAAAUAAAAAAUCACUGUGAAAGAUAUUCCCUUUGAGCUUCAUUAAAAGAAAAAAACCUUGUGCAGCAAACGAGAGAACACAAUAGUGAUGAAAUCAUCCCUUUGCAAAGAACAACUUUUCCCAGAAGGCACCAGGGACCUCCCCAAUACCGUUCCUGUUCAUCAUACAUAAAGUACCAGCCAAAACCUUAUUGCUUAAAGCCAAAGAAAGCCUGGGGGAUGAGAAAGUUAGCCAAAUAUCUUUCUCGCUGACAUUGAAACCAAGCUGAGGUCAGCUUUGCUAAUACGUUUCUUGGUCAGAAUUGCAGCUAUGAAGGUUGACAGGGUGGACUUCCUCUGUUUUGUGGGUGAGAGUUAAGAUGGAGAUGGCUCGACAAAGCAAAGUGUAGUUCUUGAGGCUUCGAGCCGAAUUACUUCAGAGGUCAACGAAAGACAUGUGAGCUACUCUCCGAAAUCCCAAGAAUGCCCCAGUGCUUUGCACAUAAGAUCAACCAGGUGAUCUGGAAAAGACCACGGCUAUUCAAGAUAAGUCAGAGGUUAAAAAUGGACAUGUUUUAUCCCCCAUAAAUAAAAUGUGGUUUGAUCGGGUGCCCUGUGGAGUUGCGUACCACUUUGGAGAAGGACCUGCUUCAACUUUCUUAUGAACUUGUGCUUGUCAUGAACUUCUGAUUUAUAAUGACUAGAAAUGGCGUGCCAAACACGUCGUGUGCUCCAGCUUGUCAUGUGGAUUCCAGAAAUCUGCUGUGCACGCAGCAUCUCGUAGCAAGCAGGUUGUCGACUUGGCACAAAACAAACCCUUGUAAAUAGGGGAGAGAUUUUGUGACACGCAGGCCCUAAUUUAAGAUGGAGGCCUUAGCCACCCGACACGGUUUGCCUCACAUAGCAACCACGCUCAAUAACGAAACUUAGCAGGCAGCCUUCAGAACGAGCCAGAGUUAUAGAAACAAGGGAGGCGCAGGCAAAUGAGCUAAACCUGAAAUGGUGUAAACAAAGUUGGAGAGACUAAAGGAGAGCAAUGAAAUUGUAACCAUACAUUUAAAGCACAUAACUUGCACCCAAAGAAUCCCGGGAAUUGUGGUUUGUUGAAGGUGUUUGGGAUUGUAGCUCUGUGAGGGGCAAAUUACAGUUCCCAGGGUUGUAUAAAUGUGCUUUAAAUGUAUGGUUUGUUUUAAGAAAGAAGUUAAGACAAAUGGGGGGGGGGGACUUCCACUUAUUCAGAUACUGUGUAAGUUAAGUAGAGAUAAGGUCUGGGCUAUGCCAAGACAUUUUGCCCCCCAGGCAUAUGAUGUCUUUGGUAACUGCCUCAUUCUGCCACAAAUAGCUACCAAUAUGGGGCUGUUGUUCUUGUACGUGUUGGGAUGCAACACAGCUUGCACUGAAGGCUGAUGUGUCUGCAUCAAGUAGAUCAAGAACCUCCUUGUUUUUUUGCCUUGCCUGCCUGGCUUAACCUUUGAUCUUCCAUCAGGCGCUAGACUGAUAUCUUUAGGGUUGCUGACCUAAUUUCCCGCUUCCUUCUUCUCCACACCUCCCUCGUGAGAGGAGACAUCUAUUUUGAACCUCAUACCUUCCAACAUUUCUCCAAUUAAAAUAGGGACAUCCUAUUCCAUAACAACAACAACAACAAUUUUAUUAUUUAUACCCCAGCCUUCUGAUUGGGUUGUCCAAGCCACUCUGGGAGGCUUCCAAUAUACCGUAUUUUUUGCUCUAUAAGACGCACCAGACCACAAGACGCACCUAGUUUUUGGAGGAGGAAAACAAGAAAAAAAAUAUUCUGAAUCUCAGAAGCCAGAACAACAAGAGGGAUCAGCGCGCAGCGAAAGCAGCAAUCCCUCUUGCUGUUCUGGCUUCUGUGAUAGCUGCGCAGCCUGCAUUCGCUCCAUAAGACACACACACAUUUCCCCUUACUUUUUAGGAGGGAAAAAGUGAGUCUUAUAGAGCAAAAAAUACGGUAUAUAAAAACAGGGGAAAUAGGGGGAAAACUUCCCUAUACAGGGCUGCCUUCAGAGGUGUCUUCUAAAGUUGUAUAGUUACUUAUCUCCUUGGCUUGGGAAUCACAUACCCUCCAUACCCUCCAACAUUUCUCUGAUGAAAAUAGGGUCAUCAUAAGGAAAAGCAGGAUAUUCUAGUAUCAAAUCUAAAACCGGGAUGGCAUCUGUAAAUCUGGGACUGUCCCUGGAAAAUAGGGACACUUGGAGGGUCUGGAAUCUCCUUCCAUUCCAAGCAUAGCUUGUUACAUGUCUUCUUUAGUUAGUUAGAACUAGGAUUUUCCCUAGCAGAUUUGUAUUUCCUGCAACAAAACGCAGUGAUUACAUUCAGGGUAAUGUGCGCUCUUGCAGCAGGAAUUUGGUGUUCAGCUGAGCUUUCGUCAGCCAAAGGCCAACAGUGGCUUGGAGAAAUUUUUAAUAAAAGAGAGGGGAAGAGACAGAGCUACCAAGAAUCAGUUGUUAGGUUGCAGGUGUGAAGAAGUCUUGUGCCAACAGGGAGUGUGCAUGAUACCUGUGUUGGGUGCAAAUAAUGUAAAUGACAGUGUGAGACACAGACAAGAUAUAACAAACAUAUAUUCAACAAUAUGAAGAGCGGAUAGAACAAAAACAAAUGCCAUAGAGGCUCAUGUGCCUGCAAUUUUAUGCUCUAUCUCUGGAAGAAAGACUCAUUGAGCUGAAUGGGACUUACUUUUGUAAUGGGUACUUUUGGGUAGAGAUGUGUAGAAUCACACUGCAAAUAUGUCUUUGUGUGUGUGUAUAUGUUCGAGGUGGGGUGUAUCUUAUUAAGUCCAAGGUGAAACUGACAGUGCUUUAAGUGAAGGAUUCAAGCUUCUGAAUUCAUUACACUGAAAAGGCAAAUCCAUGGGAAUUACGAGUAAAACUCGUCUGAGUAAAACUUAGUUGAAUACCAUCCCAUGCCUUCUGCUGCAUUAUAGCCUGAAGACACAGUUAACUUGAACAAAGGCUAACCAAGGAAUCACUACCCCUACUCAUAACACACUCUUGAAUUCUUAGCCUGGAAACUCUCUAUUUCCUAUUAUAAAUAGCAAUAAUCUCUUGCACCUACUAUGAGUAGCUGCAUAGCUAUGGGGGACAUCAUGUUAAAGGUCCAACAGUUAAAUGUUAAAGGUUUUGUAUUUUGGGAUCAUGAGGUAUUGAAUUCAAGUAAGAGCAAUGAUGGUAGCAUCUCUGCAGCAGGCCAGCUUAGCAUGCAGAGAGGAACAAAUUUCCACAGUACAUGGAGUGAGGCAACAAAGGGAAAUGCUUAUGGGAUAGGCAUUCUGUGUUGCAAGUGUGUGGAAGUGCCCGAGACUUUGCUGCUUGCCUCGCAGAGGCAGAGGCUCAGAGAGGUUUGUUUACUGGCAUUUACUCUGAUUAGCUCAAUGAGAGGACAAGAGGGAACAGCCAUAAAAUGUCACACGCUGCCAACCACUCCUGCGUCUCCCCACUUCAAGGUAUCAGCGAAUUGUAGCAGCUGCUGCAGCAGACACACCAGUGACCGCAUCAUGUCACCUAAUACCGUUGCAGGAAUGAAGUGCCCUUAAAUAGGGGGCUGACAAAUUUAUAGCCAAAGAAGAAUCUCUCUCGCAGCACACAGCAUAAAGGUACAUCUAUCAUCCGGCCUAAUGAAACAAAAAUGCAAUUCUGGCUCCCUUCUGCAGUGUAAAGGCAGUGAAUAAGAUCAAGUUUGCACUGUUCAUUUUCCUUGACGUGCCUCCUUAUAACAUGCUCACUGAGAAAUUGUAUCAUGUCUUCCUCUCCUUCCCAUGCUUGUGUUUCGCAAGUACCUGCUCUUUUCCUCUUUAUUUGGCCAGAACCACCUUCACCUUUAGGCAGGUAAAGCUUUAUUUUACCCUUGCAAAGUCAAUAUGUAGGUGAGGAUCAUGAAUGUUGAUCUGUUGAAAGAACAUCUUGCUGAGAGUUGCCAAAUUCUGCUUGUUUAAUUUCUGGAUUCUGGAACACAGAACAAGAAGAAGAAGAGUUUGGACUUGAUAUCCCGCCUUUCACUCCCCUUAAGGAGUCUCAAAGCGGCCAACAAUCUCCUUUCCCUUCCUCCCCCACAACAAGCACUCUGUGAGGUGAAUGGGACUGAGAGACUUCAGAGACGUGUGACUGGCCCAAGGUCACCCAGCAGCUGCAUGUGGAGGAGCGGAGACGUGAACCCGGUUCCCCAGAUUACGAGUCCACCGCUCUAACCACUACACCACACUAGCCUCCCACAAAGAUCUCCCUGGCCUAAAUAAGAACAAAACAGCAUGCAUGCAAGUAUGUAUGUAUGUAUCUAUGUAUGAAAUGGAGGAAAUCAUUUGGGACAGCAGAAUAAGGCAUCACUGCUACAUCUCUAGAUGUAGAUCUAGAUGCAGAACACUUUAGAUAUGAAAUAGACCAGUUGGUUAUUUUGUUCCAGGCAACAUCCUCAGUAGUGUGAGAGUUCCAGUCCAAACAGUGGGGUCGAGACAACAGUUUGGGUUCCAGCAGAGCAAGGGGAGUAAAGAAUUGAUAUUUCAGAGAGCACCCUGGACAGCUCCAUGUGGAGUUCACAAGUUGCCCUCCAUAUAUAUGUUGCUUCAGCAUCAAACAAUCUCAGAUUGAAAGUUGCUUUAAAAGACUUAUAAACCACUCACAUUGUGAUAUAUCAAAGGGGUAUACAGAAAACCCCAAAAGCAACACAGUUAAAAUAGCAGUACAAUGCUGUGAGAUGAGGAGUGGGCAAUAGUUUUAAAAUUCAUUCAGAAAUUUAGCUCAGAUGGUAAUGAAUCCUAUGCCACUUUGCCACUAAUGGUGGACAUAAGGCCAAUAGCAGGAAGUCCUCAGACUUGGAAUGUCAUGGCCAGGCAGGGGUGUAAGGAGUUGUCUCGCAAGUAUCCUGGUCCUAAUUUAUGCAGAGCUUUGAAACAAGUAAUGACACCUUGAACCUGUCCUGGUAACAUAUAGAAAGUCAUUGCAGCUGCUUCAGCAGAGGUGUAAUGUGUUGACAACAGUUAGCUACAGAACAACAGCCUUGCAGCAGCAUGCCGCACAAGCUGCAGUUUCUGGAUCACACUCAAGGGCAGCCCCACAUAGUGGUUACCAACGUAUGGAUCACUGGGGCCAGAUUAUCCAGGAAUGGCUAUAGCGAGCAUAUCAGCCGAAGGUCAUCGAAGGCUCUCAUAGCCACUGAAGUGAGAAGGAUGAAUCAAUUAAGGUCCCCAGAUUACAAACCUGCUUCUUCAAAGGGAGUCCGACUCUGCCUGGAAUAGGCAAAUGGCCAGCAAAACCACCCACCCACAGGGACACUGUCUUACCAGGCUCAGUUUCAGAUCACUGGCCCUCAUCCAGCCCACCACUGCAUCCAGUUACCGUCUCAUGACUUACACAUCCAGUCCUGAUUCGGAUGAGAAAUAGAGCCGAGUUUCAACAGCAUACUGAAGACCUCGUGCUCUAAAUCUCUUAGGACUACUAUCGGUGACUUCGUGAAAUGUUAAGUAGUAUAGGGGGGAAAUAGUACCCUUUGACACCCCACGGCGUAAGUGCCAGGGGCUGGCACAUAACUACGAAGUGGUUCUCUCUGGAAUCGACCCUGCAGGUAAGAGCAGAACCACUGAGGAACCCCAAUCCCAACAGAGAAGGUCUAGGAAGGUGCCAUAGUCAAUGGUAUCAAAUGCCAUUGGUAGAUCAAGCUAGAGUAAGAGAUCCAUGGGAAACUUCAGAAGCCAAGUUACGGACUGGUUACAAUAUCAUCAGGUAUAUGAUAUGUUCAAAUUAGACCAUUUUUUUGGGGGGGGGUUGACCAAAGCUCACAAUUUGAAAAUGAACUAUUACAAAAUAAGGAUAAACUUUUGUCUAGAAUGUAUAACCUUUCAUUAGAAUGGGAAACAAAAGAUGAGCUAGAUAAAGCUUCAAUGACACACAGGGCAAUGGAUAUAGGACACAAUAUAGACCUAAACCUCUGGGAGAAACUUUGAGAAAGUGAUUUGAAAUUUACUUCAUGUUACGUGCUGAAAGAGAACUAUUUGAAAAUGAUUCACAGAUGGUAUCUAACUCUGAGUAGGUUGGCUAAGAUGUAUAAAGUACAAUCCAAUACAUGUUGGAAAUGCAGAGAAAGGGAGGGGACCUUUUUCCAUAUGUGGUGGACAUGUAAAAAGGUAAAAGAAUAUUGGGAAAUGAUGUAUAAUGAGUUGAAAAAAAGGUUUAAAGACCAGAGUCCUUUUUGUUGGGAAUAAUCCAGACAGAAAUUCCUAGGUGAGGACAACUUGUCGAAUGCAUUUCUUCAAGGACCCUGUUCAUGUUAUUAGGCUGCAGUAACUGAAAUACAUCAUCCAGUAACUGAAAUUCCAUACAUCCAGUAGUGAUGUAUGGAAGUGAGAGCUGGACCAUAAAGAAGGCUGAUUGCCGAAGAAUUGAUGCUUUUAAAUUAUGGUGCUGGAGGAGACUCUUGAGAGUCCCAUGGACUGCAAGAAGAUCAAACCUAUCCAUUCUUAAGGAAAUCAGCCCUGAGUGCUCACUGAAAGGACAGAUCCUGAAGCUGAGACUCCAAUACUUUGGCCACCUCAUGAGAAGAGAAGACUCCCUGGAAAAGACCCUGAUGUUGGGAAAGAUGGAAGGCACAAGGAGAAGGGGACGACAGAGGACGAGAUGGUUGGACAGUGUUCUCGAAGCUACCAGCAUGAGUUUGACCAAACUGCGGGAGGCAGUGGAAGACAGGAGUGCCUGGCGUGCUCUGGUCCAUGGGGUCACGAAGAGUCGGACACGACUAAACAACUAAACAACAACAAACUGAAAAUGAUCCCCUAAUCUUUAUUCGGACAGUGCCUUGACAGAUUCUGCAACAACAACAGAAUGGAUAUCAGUACAGAGGCAAACAACUAGACCCCCGAAGUUUCUCAUAAACAAUUCACGAUGGGAUCCAGAAAGUUGUAUAGCUCCACACACAGGUGCAGAUGCCAAAAGCCCUUUGGCCACUCUGAGAAGCUCUGCAGGACUUCUGCUUGAGGAUGCAAGAGACCUUUUUGUUUCCCUCAUUGCCACUCAGUAGGCCCAACGAUGCACCCCAACUUGUGUUUGGUUGGCUUUGGACGGUACAUUGUGUCUUGAAUUAAGUUGGCAUCUGGAUCAUUUUAUCAUCCAGAGCUCUCAGAAUACCACGUUCCCGCUUUUAAUAGGUUUAACAGGUUAUUGUAUUUUACUGUUUUGUUGGAAGCCGCCCAGAGUGGCUGGGAAAACCCAGCCAGAUGGGCGGGGUAUAAAUAAUAAAUUAUUAUUAUUAUUAUUAUUAUUAUUAUUAUUAUUAUUAUUAUACCAGAGAGAGGAGGGACGUGGGUGGCGCUGUGGGUUAAACCACAGAGCCUAGGACUUGCCGAUCAGAAGGUUGGCGGUUCAAAUCCCCGUGACAGGGUGAGCUCCCGUUGCUCGGUCCCUACUCUUGCCAACCUAGCAGUUCGAAAGCACGUCAAAGUGCAAGUAGAUAAAUAGGUACUGCUCCGGUGGGAAGGUAAACGGCGUUUCUGUGCGCUGCUCUGGUUCGCCAGAAGCGGCUUAGUCAUGCUGGCCACAUGACCCGGAAGCUGUACGCCGGCUCCCUCGGCCAAUAAAGCGAGAUGAGCACCGCAACCCCAGAGUCGGUCACAACUGGACCUAAUGGUCAGGGGUCCCUUUACCUUUACCUUUACCAGAGAGGGGAACUCAGGAAUGAUGGCAUCAUAUAUUGUAUACAACACUAAAGUCUCACGUUGAAUGUAACUGAUCUGUAGAAAAGACUCUAUGACCCGGGAAAAAGAGACAAUGCAUGUACUUUUGUAAUCAAAGAAAAUCUAUAAUAAAAAUUAUUAUUUUUUAAAAAAUGUGUGAGUGCAUCAAUGGCCAAAGAGUCUUCUUUUUUUCUUUUUAAAUUGGCAGCAGUGCGUUUCCAAAAGAUAACAGAAAAUAUUACCAGGAGCUGUGCAAUAGCUACCAGAAAGUUAAUGUAGAUCUCAGUGAAUAAUGUUGUUAUUUCCUAAAGAGGCACAUGUUUUUCAUGCAGAGCUGCCUUUGGCACAUCAAGCCUAUCAGAGAAAUCUAUAUCUUUAAGCAGACUAUCAUGAUACUUGCCAUACCACAUUAGAAACCAGUCAAAUACUCCUUGCUAUUUAUUGAUUUAUUUCAGGCGGUAAAUAUCUACCCCUCUCCGCACACCUUGCUUAAGAGAUGCACAAUGCACUUGGUAAAUGAGGGCUCUUCCCUUGGUCUGUUGUGAUGGCUAUAAAAUCAUACUAUAAUAUCUUUCCCAGAGAGCAGCGGGAGGGGGAAUGAAGAAUAGGACACAACUCCUUCAGAUCUCACCUUUAGUGUGCAUGUCUUCGGGUGUGAUUCUUUUUUUCUCAACAAGACUAACUUUAGUCUUUAUUUCACUUUACUCUUUAGAAAGAACCAGAAGAAGAAGUGGUGGCCGGAUGAUUCUACUGCCUUCAUCUCUGUUUCCCCCCUCUAUUUGUAUUCCUUAAGACGAGAAUGCAUAUUAUUCUAUGACUACAUCCUGGAACCUCUUUGGGAAUUUUAUAAUGAUCUGAACUAAAUAUAACUGGAGGCAGUCUACACACAUCUGUGAUCAAAAUAGAUGGUGUGCAUUCUGCUUAAGGUUUCUAGGGGCUGCGCUGAAAGGUGAUGCAAUACAAGGAGGAGAAAGAGAUUUGCUAACGUUCCUAUUCCAUCCUUCUACAAGAGGUCUAAAACUUAGGACUGUCAGAUUGCUGAUGGGCAGAUGCUCAAUAAUAACUAAAGCUAAAGAAGAUGCCAGAUCACUGUUCCUUGCUUUCCCCCUCAGAGCUUUAUAUGUAUAGUGCCAUGCCGAGGCAAACGCAAUAUAGGACGUUUGUAUACAAAGCUUGCACUGGAUUGUACAGCGAAUGUAAAUUUCAGGCUACAUGUGCCAUAGUUUCUGAUGGCGGAAACUGAUGGGAACUGUAGGCCACAUCAUCUGGAAUCUAUCAGUUUGGGUACCCAAUGCAGGCUUUGAAAAAUGCAAGGGCGCUCCCCUUCAGCAUAGACGCUCACACAUCCUAAAAUGUGAAAAAGAAACAAACAGGAUCUUCUUGCAGCAAGACUGCUCCCGCUGUUUCAAGGUUCCUAGUUCCAUCCAUUAGACCAAGGUGUGUGUGUGUGUGUGUCUUUCAGUGUGCACGUGAGGGUUUCAGUAAGGAUCAAGGUGUGUUGCUGCAGUGUGGGGAGGGGUUGCAGGGCAGGAUGGGGUUGGUAGUGGGGGUUUAGUGGAGUGUGCAUGGGGUUUCAGUGUGGGUCAGUGUGCGUGAGUUUGGAUCAGUAGAAGAUAGAGUGUUGUGAAAGGGCUGUUUGUGCGGGUGUUUCACUUUGGGGUGUGGUUUCAGUUUUGGGCAGGGUGUGUGUGGAGGUUCGGUGUGGCGCAAGGUGUGGGUGGGUGUGUUUGUCACUGUGGGGUUAGUUGUGGGUGGGCUCUCGUAGACUUCAAUGGGGCAAGAGAACCUUAAUAACUUUUGAACCACUGCUCAGAGCUUUGGAUAGGGUUAAGAAUUCAACACACUUUGCAUUUAAAAGAAAAUAUAUCAAAUGUGCAUUUUCUGAAACAAUACAGCCAUCCUUCCCUAUUUGAACUUAUUCAAUUUUUGCAAAGCAAUCCUCCAAGCAAAUCUUUUUAAAUGUCUACGUUAGGGGGAGAUGCAUAUAAAAAUGAAUAAGGUUAGUGAAAAUAACGUACACAAAUGCAUUAUAUUAGGAUAAAUUGCUUGUAAAAAUGUGUAUGUUAAUCCAAACUGCAUACAAAAGUGUGUUCAUUGGGAUAAAUCUGUGCUAAAAUGCUCAAUAAUUUUCAUUUUAAAAAUAGCAAAUUGCAGUAGAAACGUGGAGAGCUGAAUUCAAGGUUGACAAGAAGAGGAGAAACUGAGAUAAUUGAGAAGUCCUUCCAUCCCUUACUCAGAACAUCAUCAAAGCAAUGAAAGAUUGCCUUAUAACAGCAGUAAUUUUAUUGGCUCCAUCUUAACUAGAUGGAGGCAUUCCUUUGCCCUUUUGAUUCCAAAACAACUUCUUUGUUGAAUCUGAAGAAAGCAGUUCCUGACUAGGUUCAGGCCUUUUACCCUGUGUUAUGUUUUCCUAAUAAUUAUUUUUAACUUGGCAAGCGGUCUCUCUUUGAUACUUUUCUGCCCUGGCUAAUUUAGAAAGGAAUGUCUAGAAGAUACACAUAGCAGCCAAGUCGAUCUCUUGGAUGAGCUUAUCACAGGGCUUGUGGAUUUUGACUUUUGGUCUUAACAAAUUCCACUAGUAUGAAGUCAGUUGACACGAAGAUCUUUGGCACAUUUAUUUCCCAGCAGGCAUUAAACCAUGAUGCAAGCAGAUUUCCAACUGGUGAACACAGCCCAAAAUAGCAGCCGGGUCAGCAGGCCUAUUGACUUUUAAAUGUUGACAAAGGAAACUUCCUGAAGUGUCUGCUUAGAAACUGUGCAUUCAAUAGUACCUGCACUGACUCCUUUGCAUGUGCUGUUUGCAGGUCUUAGAUAUAUAAAUAGCAAACACAGAAAUCUUUGCUAUCACUGCAAAUAAUUGUUUCUCUCCUAAACCCAUAAAAUUAUAAAGGUUGCUCGUGUGGAAUUAGUUUUUUUAAAAAACCUAGAUAUUUUUUGGCACACCAUUAGAAAGCAGUUCUUAGAUGACAAUAAAAUCCACCCUUCACUUUGUGAAUAAUAAAGGUAAAGGGACCCCUGACCAUUAGGUCCAGUCGUGACCGACUCUGGGGUUGCGGCGCUCAUCUCGCUUUAUUGGCCGAGGGAGCCAGUGUACAGCUUCCGGGUCAUGCGGCCAGAAUGACUAAGCUGCUUCUGGCGAACCAGAGCAGCGCACAGAAAUGCCGUUUACCUUCCCGCCGGAGUGGUACCUAUUUAUCUACUUGCACUCUGACAUGCUUUCAAACUGCUAGGUUGGCAGGAGCAGGGGCCGAGCAACAGGAGCUCACCCCGUUGCGUGGAUUCGAACCGCCAGAUUCGAACUGCCGACCUUCUGAUUGGCAAGUCCUAGGCUCUGUGGUUUAACCCACAGCACCACCCGCGUCCCUUUGAGAGUAAUAUGCUCCCUUAUAAGCACAGGGUGGUGAACAGGAAGCAAAUUUAGGGAUUAUCCACACUUUUGUCUUGUCCUGUUUCCUGCCCUCCCAAACCUCCAGCAAUUUGGGGUUUCCCCAAUUCCCGUUUGCUCUGAUCUAUCGCUAAAUAGAACUACAGUUCCGGCUCUACUCUAUGGAAGGGCAAUGUGUUCUAAUGUCCAGCGUGCAUGCAGCCUUAAAUAUUAUUCCUGGUGGGAAGGGAGGGGAGAGGAGGGAGAAUCUGAAUUUACACUCUCACAAUCUGCACCCGAUUUCUCAGCCCUCGGUGGUUGCUUCCAAAGCUUUCAUUUAUUGAACGGCUCUGGUGGUUCGCAAUCCCAAGAGAGUGCAUUCACAGAUGUCUUCUUGCAAACAGUGCACUUUAUUCCACUUUUUCCCAUAAAGUCUCUCUCUCAACAGUUUUCUGCUCUGAAAACAGAAAGUGAAGCUAGUUACAAAGACAGCACACACAACGGUUUGUUCAAAGCCCUUCUCUGCCCAAGAAUCCUGGGAACUGUAGUUUGAUGUUUGACUAUGUUUUUAUACAGCGGUACCUCGGUUCACGAACUCAAUCCGUUCCGGAAGUCCGUUCUUAAACCAAAACCGUUCUUAAACCAAGGCGUGCUUUCCCUAAUGAGGCCUCCCGCUGCUGGUGCCCUUCCACUGUUAAGUUUCCAUUGAUAAGCUGAGGCAAAGUUCGCAAACCAGGACACUACUUCCGGUUUUUCAGAGUUCGCAAACCGAAUACAGUCUUACUUCGGAUUAAAUGUGCUUCAGGUUGAGCGUUUUCAGGUUGCGCUCCGUGGCACCCCGGAAGUAAUGGAGUGUGUUACUUCUGGGUUUCGCCACUUGCACAUGCGCAGACGCUCAAAAUGACGUCAUGUGCAUGUGCGGAAGCGGCAAAUUGCAACUCGCGCAGACGCAGGUUGCAUUCGCUUCAGGAUGCGAAAGGGGCUCCGGAAUGGAUCCCGUUCGCAUCCGGAGAUACCACUGUAGUUCGUAAACAGGGCUGUUCUUAAAACGAGGUAUCACUGUAUAUGCUGUAAGUGGCUGGGGAAACCCAGCCAGAUGGACAGGAACAACAACAACAACAACAACAACAACAACAACAUAGGGGCUUUUAUUGGGGGUUUGUUGCUCUUACUGAUGUUAAUUCUUUGUUUUAGCUCAUGGUAUAAUUCAAAAUAUGGUUUGAAGCUCAACAUCCAAAAAAUGAAGAUCAUGGCCACUGGUCCCAUCACCUCCUGGCAAAUAGAAGGGGAAGAAAUGGAGGCAGUGAGAGAUUUUACUUUCUUGGGCUCCAUGAUCACUGCAGAUGGUGACAGCAGCCAUGAAAUUAAAAGACGCCUGCUUCUUGGGAGAAAAGCAAUGACAAACCUAGACAGCAUCUUAAAAAGCAGAGCCAUCACCUUGCCGACAAAGGUCCGUAUAGUUAAAGCCAUGGUUUUCGCAGUAGUGAUGUAUGGAAGUGAGAGCUGGAGCAUAAAGAAGGCUGAUCGCCGAAGAAUUAAUGCUUUUGAAUUCUGGUGCUGGAGGAGACUCUUGAGAGUUCCAUGGACUGCAAGAAGAUCAAACCUCUCCAUUCUAAGGAAAUCAGCCCUGAGUGCUCACUGGAAGGACAGAUCGUGAAGCUGAGGCUCCAAUACUUUGGCCACCUCAUGAGAAGAGAAGACUCCCUGGAAAAGACCCCGAUGUUGGGAAAGAUGGAAGGCACAAGGAGAAGGGGACGACAGAGGACGAGAUGGUUGGACAGUGUUCUUGAAGCUACCAGCAUGAGUUUGACCAAACUGCGGGAGGCAGUGGAAGACAGGAGUGCCUGGCGUGCUCUGGUCCAUGGGGUCACAAAGAGUCGGACACGACUAAACAACAACAACAUAAUUCACGCGGCCAUUGUUCUAUUUGACUGCGUGUGCGCGCGACUUAAAGGCACCGGGUGUACGUCGGGUGGGGGGGAGGCAAGGCGUUAUGUAGGCGUGUCCCUCUUUUUCUUCGACUUCCUCCCUCCGCAUUAGGAGCCGCUGGCUGGGCUUUCGCUUCGGCGCGCGUACUACAACUCCCAGCAUGCAAUUGCGUAGCGCGCAAUUGCUGGCACUCUUGCGGGAAGGGGAAAGAAGGAGCCGUGAUCCCGGGCGCGCAUGACUUCGGGAGCAAGUUUCUCCUCCUGCCGGAUCCAGUGGGACUUACUCCCGAGUAAACGAGCCAUAAGGGAUGCUGCAGCUUCAGGAGCGCCGGGUUGGAGUUUCCUUAGAAGGAGGGGAAAGAAAGAAUCGGGGUUUUCUUUUUUUGAAAGGGAAAUCUCUCUUAGGAUCCUAGAGUUGGAAGGGAUCCCGAGGGCGAUCUAGUCCAACCCCGUGCAAUGCAGGAAUCAAAACACGCAGUCCCGCCCAUCCAGUGUGAAACCACGCCGGAUCCUGCUUUGCUUUUGUGCUUGCUCCGGCACUUUUAUUGCUGCGUCGUAGCCCCUCUUACGAAUCUGCCAGCAGCGUUUCUGUGAGUGCGUAAGCUCGUAGGUGGGGUCCUUUGCAGCCCGCCCCCCGAAAAAGAAAUGUCUUGCUGCACCUUCAAAACUAACCAUUUUAUUGCAGCUUGCAGUUUUUGCCAGUUUGGACAAAAUGCCUUAUCCUCAGCAGAGAGAUUCCUGCAUUGCAGGGGGUUCGACUGGAUGACCCUCGGGGUCCCUUCCAAGCCCCAAAUCCUAUGACUCUAUACAUUAAUACAAAGGGGACAUCUCGAAACGGGGAGCACAGAAAGGCAGGCAAAGAACUAUGUGUGUAUAGGGGCUACAAUAUGUGCAGCCAGAAAGCUGCUCUCCUUGUCUUUCACAGUCCCUGAUACUUGAAGCAGAAAACCCAAAUAGUGCCAAGUUCCUUCACCUUUCUUGUAGACCAUGGAAUGGCUUGGUCACUAAAGCAUGAUACUCUUAACCUCAUAUUUGUGGGUUCAAGCCCCACUUUGGGCAGAAGAUUCCUGCAUCAUUGUGUGACCCUGUGGUCCCUUCCAGUUCUAUGAUUCUGUUGUGGGAUAGCUAUAGCAACAAGCUAAGUAAGUGUCAAGUUUGUUGCCCUUUAAAACUAACCCACCCCCCAUUUCGGUCCUCGUGCCCCUUAGUCAUUAUUAUGUAUUUUGUUAUUUUUAAAAUUUAUCUACCGCCCGCCAUCCAAUGAUCACAAGUCAGUGUGCUUUCUCUUUGCUACUUACUGAGAUAUUUUUCUACUGAGAGGGUGAGCAGGUAUGCUUAGUUGCCCAUGUCUGGUUGCACUAGUAAUUUGGGUUGCCUGUUUUGAAUUUUUUGGGCCUAGAAACUGAUAAAUCUUGAUAAACGUCUGGACAGAUUGUUUUUGUUCCACAAAGAGAAAGCCCCGGGGUAGGUGGGUGUGUCUAUUAACAUGGAGCAGGAGGAAGGCAUUACAGUGGUACCUCGGGUUACAUAUGCUUCAGGUUACAGACGCUUCAGGUUACAGACUCCGCUAACCCAGAAAUAAUACCUCAGAUUAAGAACUUUGCUUCAGGAUGAGAACAGAAAUUGUGCUCCAUUGGCUCAGCAGCAACGGGAGGCCCCAUUAGCUAAAGUGGUGCUUCAGGUUAAGUACAGUUUCAGGUUAAGAACGGACCUCCAGAACGAAUUAAGUUCUUAACCUGAGGUACCACUGUAGUUUAACCUCCAUGGAUUUUGAGUAGUUUGUGCAGCUGUGUACAAAACUGGAAGGAAGUUCUAUAGGAGUCAAAUAUGUCUGGCAGUACAGUGGUACCUCGGGUUAAGUACUUAAUUCAUUCCGGGGGUCCGUUCUUAACCUGAAACUGUUCUUAACCCAAAGCACCACUUUAGCUAAUGGGGCCUCCUGCUGCCACCGUGCCACCGGAGCCCGAUUUCUGUUCUUAUCCUGAAGCACUAUUUUUGGGUUAGUGGAGUCUGUAACCUGAAGCGUAUGUAACCUGAAGCGUAUUUAACCUGAGGUACCACUGUAUAUCUUUGAAUACCAGAGGCUGUGGGAUGUCCAGUAAGGGGGUUUUUACCUGCCCAUAACAAGCAAUAGACCAUACUCCUAUGGUUGUACAUGUUGAGCUGCUGUGUGGCAGCCUUUCAUGUUUGUUUAAUUUUAUUACAGUGACUUGCAGUCAAGCGUUCUGAGACAUGAACUUGUGAGAUCGCAACAGGAAAAUGGGUGACUGUUCAGAGGUAUGUCGCCGCAAAUUUAUCUUUGCUCUGUAUACAGUUUUUAUUUUCAAGAUCCUAUUCUAAUCCUAAACAAGCUUAAUAAAUUCACAGAAGCCACUAGCACACACACACACACACACACACACACACACACACAAACCCCCACUCUUCAUGUGUGCCCAUGUAAGUCUAUACCUUUUACCAAAAAGGAAAAAAAAACUUUUGUAAAAACGUUUUACUUGGUGUUUACACGUCCAGCUCUACACUGUUAAUUACUGUAUUUUUUGCACCAUAACACUCACUUUUUUCCUCCUAAAAAGUAAGGGGAAAUGUCUGUGCGUGUUAUGGAGGGAAUGCCUACGGGUGGCAUGCCUACGGAUUUUCCUCCUCUAAAAACUACGUGCGUGUUAUGGUCGGGUGCAUGUUAUAGAGCGAAAAAUAUGGUAUAUGGCUAGUUUAAACAUUGUUUGAACACUUCCAAACAAACCAGCAUUUUAUUUUUCACACACAGGAAAAUUAAAGCAACCGAAUGAUUAGUGUGACUUGGCUUUGGAGAUGUUGAAUUAGGUCGUUGACAAGAACAGAGAAAACUGUAUCUUCCUAUGUCUCUCAGGAUGCCUCCAGAUGACUUGUUUAUUGACGAUUUAUCCUGAUUUGUUUUACAGGGAGAUUAUCUGACAUUGGCUAUGUAAUGAGCAUUCAUUUUGAUUUUUUUAGAUCGAUGGCAGUGCCUCACAGCAAGUGUCAUUCCACACUUUCCAGUGUGGUUCCCCACCACUUUCCUUACAGCAAAAAGUCUGAAAUUUUUAGGAAGCGGGGUUAUUGAGCAAUCAGCUAUAAUUGUGCAACCCGAAUUUGCCAGUAUGUGACUGGAUGAGACUUGAAAAUUGUGAGAAUCUGGAAAUGUCCUUUGUCACAAGAACAAUUUCCAUUUCCUUUUGGAGUGUCCUGUGUCAAAGGGCAGGACCAACAUGGCAGCUAGUCUGAUACACCCGUGUUUUAUGCAUGUGUGCUGAAGACAUAUUCGCUAAUUUCAGUGUUUUUCUUUCUAGACCAGUGUGAAAAUACCAUUUGGAAGCAAAUAUCUAGACGCAGUUUUCUCCAUCCCCGAGAAGAAGCUGCCAUAUGCUGUGAUUCUCACGCAUGGAGCAUCUGGUGAUAUGAAUUUCUCUCACCUUGUAUCUUUGGCAAACUACCUGGCCUCUCAUGGAUUUCUGUGUCUGCGAUUUACCUGCAAAAGCCUCAAUAUCAUCUAUAGAACUAAAGCAUAUAAAGCUGUUGUGGUAUGAAAGACCAAGUUUGCUUUUUAGUUCAAGGGGAAUGAAACAUUGUGCUAAUUCUUGUACCCUAAAAUGUUGUAAUCCUUUACUUCUUUAUCCAGGAUUAAGCACCAUUUAGCUCAUUUGGGUUUCUGAAUAAAUGUGUAUCAGAUUGCAGUCUAAACUAGAUCGCCCAUAUGUAGCUUACUCCAAUCAACAUGUAGACUUCAUAAUAUAAAAUUUAUAUGUAUGUAGACGUGGGUCUUUUUCAUGUGGUUUCUUUAUUUUUCACUAUGUAAGAAACUGAGUGUAUUGAAAGCAAUUCCUGUUCUGGGUGCAUCUUUUAGCAAGUUACUUUCUAGAUGUUUCUAUUGAUUAUCCAAAAAAUAUUAAUCUCUAACCGUUUUUUAAAAGGAAUAUUUAAGAUCAUCAGGCAACUACACACUUUCUGGCAUUUUUCUUGGAGGUAAGAAAAUUUGAUGGCAUAUAUAUGUAACACGGCUUCUUAUUUCCCUCCUGCAAAACAGGGUGCUGACAAAUAUUUUUGAAUGAGGCAGGCAUUUCACAUACCAGGUUUUUGUUGUUGACUGCAUAUGUAUAUUUUAAAGAUACGGAUUUAAGCUACAGUGGUACCUCGGGUUACAGACGCUUCAGGUUACAGACAUUUCAGGCUACAGACUCCGGUAACCCAAAAAUAGUACCUCGGGUUAAGAACUUUACCUCAGGAUGAGAACAGAAAUUGUGCGGCGGCUGCGGGAGGCCCCAUUAACUAAAGUGGUACCUCAGGUUAAGAAUGGUUUCAGGUUAAGAACGGACCUCCGGAACGAAUUAAGUUCUUAACCCGAGGUACCACUGUAUUUCUGCGUAGCAUUUCCGAACAGCACAGACCUUUGUCCUCACCGAAAGAGUCAAAGGCCAACAUAAACAGUUGAUUUUGCCUCCACAUGAGGCUAGGACCCAAACCAAUUGAUUCAAGUUACAAGAAAGGAGAUUCUGACUAAACAUCAGGAAGAACUGUGUGAGGUGGUGGCCUCUCCUUCCUUGGAGGUUUUGAAGCAGAGGUUGGAAGGCCAUCUGUCAUGUAUAAUCUAGUUGAGAUUCCUGCUUUGCAGGGGGUUGGACUAGAUGAUCCUCAAGGUCCCUUCCAACUCUACUUCUAUGAUCCAAACCUUUAAUUAUGGAACUCCAUGCAUCGAGUCACUAACUACCUAUUUGAUAAGGAAUUCAGUGUUGCACUCGGAUCUUUUCACCUGCACAAGUAUUUCAGCUUGCCAGACAGAAUGGUCUGUCCUCUCCCCCCCCCCCACUUAAAGGCAUCCAGUUGGUCAGAGCUGGACUUGAUCUGAUCCAACAGAACUUUUCCUAAAACUGUUACGGACCUUGACAGCUUCUUGGCUGUGAUUUAAGCCUAUUUCCUCCAGCAGCACUGAGGUAGCUGCAAAAGUUCAUGUUGCCUCCAUGUAAAUUGAUCCCUAGAUAAUGUGCACCAACUGUAGCAGGUUCCCCAGUUUUGAGUGCUUUCAGCAGAGAAAUACGGAGGAUUAGAAGUCCAAGAAAAUGGUUGUUAUACAGAAUGCGUAGCUCGAAUCACAAAAAAAUGUAUCCCCCCCCCUUGAUUCUUAAUGGGAUGUAGGCCGUUCAAUGGGCUCGCGCGCUGCCGCUUCUGUGAUACGACAAGCGGACCAAGAUAAUGACAGCUUCAUUCAAGGUCUGAUAUGCUUGUCUUACCCGCUGCAUCGACCAAAGCUUCACUCUAAACUUCGGGAUGAAGAUUUAUUGUCCAUUAAGUCCCCUGUGCUAUUCGUGUCUGGAGAUACAGAUGAGAUGUGUGAUAAAGUGAGUACCUAGAUGCGCUGGAAAGUGGAGCAAAUAACACUCUUGCUUAAAAUGUGCAAUACCGAUGAGAUAAGCCCAUGUUUUCUAACAGGGUAAUGAAAGGAGCUUCUGGAGGUUUGUCUUGCUGGGUUGCCACGUUCAAAUUAAUGGAGGGUGAGAAGCGUGUGUUUGUUAAAAUACAUCUCUGGGUUAAAUUUGUUCCUUUUUAUUUCAAAUAUCAGUCAGGCCCCCACCCAGACUCUGAGGACAGUGGACAUUUCUGAAAAAUUUGCUGACCUGCGGCUGGCUUCUCCACAUGUAGUUAUUUAUUUCUUAGUCAGUACUAACAAAUAAGUCAAACCCAUAAAAAAACACAUUUCACCCUUUGGAAUUGCCCAGUUUGUAUCAAAAGCAAACCAUACUUCAUUUUAGAACUUUUGUUUACAUAGUAUAUGAUUUUAUAUCUUUUCUACUGCAGGUCUACAUAACUGCUUCUGUUAGCAAUGAGCUUUGUAUAUUUUCCCAGAGCAAGGCAGAUUUUCUGGAAAAAAAUUCAUCUAUCUUACCCACCAAAGUGUGUGUGCAUGAAGUUAAGGGCAGCACUCUGUAAUAAUCUUGCUAGCACUAUUAAAUGCCACCAUUUUUUCCCCUUGCAUCCCAUGUGAUGCUCUGCUUAGAGAACCAUGCAAAGUCAACACAGACAAAAGAUAUUCCUGUGCCAUGCUGACAGUUAUUGACUGCCGCACCCAAGUAAUGCUGGCUUCUGUGGGAAAUGAACUCUUUUAAGAGUUAGAUACCUCUUUCUGAUCUAUUUUGUCCUUCCAUUUGUUUCAAUAGCAACUGCUGGAUGGCGUUGCAGUCAAAAUGCAAGCGCCCAAGAAAAUCCAUUGGGUUGAAAAAGCAAACCACAGCAUGGCAGCUAGAGGACGAAAUGCAGAUGACAUCUUGAUGGAAAUAAACAGGCAGGUUUUGUCUUGGAUCAAAGAAAUCAUUGAGUAGCGACAGUAAUCAGCUGUGUGCUAAAGCACUGGCAAAAACAACUGCAUGUUUUUGUAACUUCAUCAUAGUGUAAAAUAUGUUCUAUUUGGUUUUGUGUAUAUAUAGUUAAUGUUCAGAGAUAAUGGAAAUAAAUAAAUCUGUUUUUUACUUUCUAAAAAAAGCAUUGUAUCUCACACAUCUACUUUUAUACAUUGUAUUUUUUCCAAAGCAAAUAUGUUACCAGACAAUUCUUUACUGGAUUGCAUGAAAUGGGUAGCCUAGCCAUACCAUGCCAAGUGGAGCAGUUUGGAGACCAGUUUCCUCCAACGUACCAGAUUAUAUCUGCAUUGGGUAAACCUGAAUUUACAGUGGGAAAACAUUGAGAUUGGUAUUGUUUGGUGUCACAUUAUCUGGACUAUGCAGACUAAAAGGGAAUGCAAACAGUAAAGGCAAAGG